GCAUAGCGUUCGCGACUGCCGCCGCCUAGGCAUUGAGAGUGGGCUCUCACACUCUCUAACACGACGAUGCAGAGUAGGAGGGUCAAGCAGAGCUAUGUGGUGACACUGACUUUAUGAAGGAAUAUUUAACCGAUGUUCGCUGGCGCCCACAGAGUUGGUGUUAUUCAGUCGCAUUCCGCUGCAGCUGUCCUCUUGUGAGUUCGUUGUUCUUUUGUUCGUGGAACGCACACAUCUUCCAUCUUAAUUGUUAAAGCAGUAUUCCCAGUUGCCUUCUUCGCUUCUCGGAUGUUCUCAUUUUGUAAAGUCUACAUAUUUCCAAAUGUCGCCGCUUUCAAGAACAUUAAUCCUCUCAGGAUAAACGUAGGCUACUUCAUAAACGAAGUUCGUCAAAGGACUAGUGCGCUGGAAAUGAUGCCUGAUUAUUCUUUGGUAACAGACUUUGACUGCUGAUUGUAAUUUCAGUUCAUUAACGACAGUUGUGUGUGGUUUUUGGGGGGUUCUUCUUUCACUGUCUUCACGUCACGAAGUUUUCAGCUGUAUGUUUACGCAAACAGUUUGCUGCAGGAUUUUACCGAAGAAUGGGACAGGAUCUGACGAACUUUGCCUUAUGCUCUGUACUGCGGCAUGGUUUGACAGACUGUCAUCAGACUACAGUAAUGAGACCUUUUCUUCUCCAACAUCUGGUUUUGACACGGCUGCGGGCAGCGCUGAUUGACAACCGGCACAGGAAAUAUGGGAAGCGAUAGGAGUCCAGAACAAAGCAGAGGGAACAGCAGGACGCGCUGCACAGAGCGCCACCGCUAAACAUAACCCUGCCAUGGCAGCUGUGUUCUCAUCAUAACAGCGAAGGAAGGAGAUCAACCAUGGCUAGCUGUAGCGCCUGAGCUCUGGUGGUGUGCUGUGGCCAUGGUGGCAGUAAACUUGUAAAGUUCUGGUCGUUAAGAGUUUUUGAGUCAACAACAUCCUAUUAACUGGAAUGAUCUAUAGAGAUAAACAAUACUACUUACAGAUGAAAAUAUAAAUAAUGAGUGCAUUCAAUUCAACAGGGUUUUAAUUGCCAAGCUACAGUAUCUUAAUUUUUCUCAAGCGCCAAAUAUUAUUGGUUAUUAUGCAACGCACAUUUUAAGGGAAUACAUUAAGCUUCUCACUUACCGACAAUUAGUAGACCGUUGCCUUAAUGUUUUAUCUUUUGUCUCCAUUUGCUGACAAGAUCUCUCUGUAGUCCUAAAAAAAGACUUUAAGGCUUAAAGGAAGGAGGCCGUUAUAAUUCUCUAAUUGCCUCCUUUGUGUGUGUGCUUCAGUCUCUAGUGAGUCUGGAAUUUGAAUUUGUGUGUGUGUGUGUUCACAUUAUGCUACGAAUGAGUAUACAUGAGGCCCUUCCUGGCUGCGCCUUUGGAGAUCAACUGUACAUCUCUCUCUCUCUCUCUCUCUCUCCUCGCCCAGGUGCGGAUGGGGAACAGAGGGAAUGCAGAACUCCCACAAUUCCCAGAGGUGGAGUGAGCUAGUGUCCCUGUGCUGCUGCUGCCGCUACUGCUGCUGAGCCACCCCCCCACUCCCCCCGCCCCCGAGUGUGCCUCUCUGAUGGCUCUAUGGGAGUUUGUGACUGUCAGCCUGCACUGCUGGGCUGUGGCCAUGGCCAGUCUGUCGGAGGAGAGGCCGGGCGGCCCGCUGGACUGGCUCCUCUCAGACAAGGGGCCCUUUCACCAUUCCCAGGAGUACACAGAGUUUGUGGAAAGGAACCGCCAAGGCUUCUCCACCCGCUACAAGAUAUACAGAGAGUUUGGACGCUGGAAAGUGAACAACCUGGCGGUGGAGCGCCGAGACUUCUUGGACUCUCCCCUGCCCCUCACCCCUGAGUUCAUGCGGAACAUUCGGCUCCUGGGGCGCCGACCAACCACCCAGCUAAUUACGGACAAUCUUAUUAAGAAGUAUGGAACACACUUCCUACUGUCGGCCACGCUUGGAGGAGAGGAGGCUUUAACUAUAUUUGUGGACAAAAGGAAGCUGAGCAAGAAAGCCGAGCUGAGUGACUACUCCAGCAAUGGCACGGCUGUCACUCUGGAGACACUCCACCAGCUGGCUGCCUCCUACUUCAUUGACAGAGAGAGCACACUGCGCAAGCUGCACCACAUCCAGAUCGCCUCCACUGCCAUCAAGGUAACUGAGACCAGAACCGGUCCUCUUGGUUGCAGUAACUAUGACAACCUUGAUUCAGUGAGCUCUGUGUUGGUUCAAAGUCCGGAAAACAAAGUCCACUUACAAGGGCUCCAGAUCAUUUUACCAGACUACCUUAGAGACGUAUUUGUCCAGGCUGCGUUGAGUUACAUUGCCUGUAAUGGCGAAGGAGGGUUUGUCUGCAAGGACAACGACUGCUGGUGUGAGUGUAAUGCGAAGUUCCCAGAAUGCAACUGCCCAUACAUGGACAUUCAAGCCAUGGAGGAGAGCCUGCACCGGGUAUCAGAGUCAUGGGAAAGCCUCUACAAAGAGUUUGAGGACUCAGACGAAUUCAAGACAUUUCUGACGAGGCUACCACAGAACUUCUUCCUGAACACAUCGACGAUCCAGCACUUGUGGUCGCUGGAUGCUGGCUUUCAGCGUCGCUAUGAGCAGCUGGAGAACAGCAUGAUUGCCCUUUUUAAGAGAGCACAGAGGGUUGUGUACAAGCUCUUCAGCCUCAGCAAAAGGUGUCAAAAGCAGCCGCACAUCUACUUACCACGCGAGAGACCACAGGCUUACUGGCUCAACUAUUUCCAGUCCCUGCUCUACUGCUCCGAGAACAACCAGCUGGGCUCCUUCUCCGAGGAGCUGCACAUGUGCAUCUGCGCCUACGAGCACACCUCCUGCCAGGUGCCCACGCCGUGCUCCAUCGGCGAGGCCGGAGCCUGUGCCUCCUGCGCCAGCGACAACCACACCCGCUGCGGGAGCUGCAACGCUGGCUACAUGCUGAGCCAGGGCGCCUGUCGGCCCAUGGUGGCCGACUCCACGGAGAACUACCUGGGCUUCGAGACGGACCUCCAGGACCUGGAGCUGCGCUACCUCCUGCAGCGCUCGGACCGGCGCCUGGAAGUGCACGCCAUCUUCAUCAGCAACGACAUGCGCCUCAACAACUGGUUCGACCCGUCGUGGAGGAAGAGGAUGCUGCUGACGCUGAAGAGCAACAAGUACAAGUCCAACAUGGUUCACAUGCUGCUGGGCAUAUCCCUGCAGAUCUGUCUGACCAAGAACAGCACUCUGGAGCCGGCGCUCACCCUCUACAUCAACCCCUUUGGCGGGAGCCACUCAGAGAGUUGGUACAUCCCGGUGAGUGAGAACAGCUUUCCAGACUGGCAGUCUACUAAGCUAGAUCUGCCCUUGGAGUGCUUUAACUGGACUUUAACACUGGGGAACAGGUGGAAGACCUUUUUUGAAACCAUCCACAUAUACUUGCGGAGCCGCAUUAAGGCAGUGGGCCCCGGAGUCAACGACAGCACAUAUUACGAGCCCCUGGAGAUGGUGGACCCGUCCAGAAACCUGGGCUACAUGAAGAUCAACAGCAUCCAGGUGUUCGGCUACAGCAUGCACUUUGACCCGGAAGCCAUUCGCGACCUCAUACUGCAGCUGGACUACCCAUAUACGCAGGGCUCGCAGGACACGGCCCUGCUGCAGCUGCUGGAGAUCCGGGACCGGGUCAACCGGCUGUCGCCGCCGGGCCAGCAGCGCCUGGACCUGUUCUCCUGCCUGCUGCGCCACCGGCUCAAACUGACAGCCAGUGAAGUGGUGCGGAUCCAUACCUCGCUCCAGGCCUUCAGCACUCGACUGCCCAACUCCCUCGAUUACGAGACAACAAAACUUUGCAGUUAAGAGACAGCACAGGUUCCAGAGGAGUUUAGAAAUGAAAGUACCGCUGACACACUGAGAGUACAGGAGUAAAACUCGACUCAGAAUGAAACAUUUCUUUUACUGUUGGGUUUGAGAGAAACCCUGGUCACAUGUGGCAAGUGUAAAUUGCACCCUAGCCAAUAAAACGUAAAUUUACAACUCAAAUUCUGACAUACAGUAAAUCAUGUCAUGUCCUUAAAUCAUCCUGUUGAACCGUAACAACUCAUUUCUACUAUGGACAAUUCUGAAGUUGACCUCAUGAGAGGCAC